AUGGACAGUGAUCGUGAUCCAGUGAUCAGGACAAUGUACACACUUAUCACUGGUAUAGCUGUCUUGGUACUAGGAAUAUGGAUCGUGGCAGGGUUACAGAAGUACACUGAGUUACUGGACGGCUAUCCCUCGGCCGCGACAUGGGCCAUCAUCGGGACUGGAGCUGCCAUUGUCAUCAUCGCCUCCUUUGCCUGUUACUGCACCUUCAAGGGGUACGGACGGCUCUUGUAUAUUUAUGCAGCCUUCCUGAUGGUAGUAUUCCUGGCUGAGCUUGCUGCUGGCGCCACCUUCCUUGUGUUCAAGGGUCAAGUACAAACUAGUUUGAAAACUGGCAUGAACAACACCAUGAAAAGCUACAAGGACGGCUCUGACAAUGCCAUGGACAAAGUGCAACAAUCACAUUAA